UCCCCGCGGCUGCCGAGAUGGAGGCCGAGCCGUCGUCGCCGCCGCUGCUGCUGCUGCCUCCGCCUCAGCCCCUCCUGAGCGGCGGCGAAGGCGCGGAGAGCAUGUCGGAGCCGAGCCCUCAGAGCGCCAGCCAGGCGGGCGACGGCGACGACGAGGACGAGGGCGACGACGAGGAGGAGGACGACGACGGCAGCAGCGCCGGGUCCUCCUCCUCCUCCAGCGGCUGCUGCAGCGACGAGACCCGCUCGCUCAGCCCCGGAGGCAGCGAGGCCGACGCCAAGGGCGGCCUGGGAGGAGUCGGAGUCGGAGGGAGCGGGGGCAGCGGCGAAGGCGACGGGCCCGGGAGCAGCGGAGGAGGCGGAGGCCCGGCAGCGGCGGGAGCGGCAGCGGGAGGCGGAGGCCCUAGCGGCGGGGGAAGCGGCGGCGGCGGCCUGUGCAGCAGCAGCUCCAGCACGAGCGGAGGAGACGAAGGUUACAGCACCGGGAGCGGAGGAGGAGGGGGGAGCGGCGGCAGCAGCACCUGCAGCGCCUCGUCAGCAGGCCGGAGGGGCAGCCUCGAGAUCUCCUCCGACGGGGAGCCGCUCAGCCGCAUGGACUCCGAAGACAGCAUCAGCAGUACCAUAAUGGAUGUAGACAGCACAAUUUCCAGUGGACGCUCAACUCCAGUUAUGAUGAAUGGACAAGGAGUUACAGCUUCAUCAGCAAAAAGUAUUGGUUAUAACUGCUGUUGGGACCAGUGCAAUUCUUGCUUCAACUCAAGCCCAGAUCUGGCAGACCACAUUCGCUCCAUACAUGUAGAUGGCCAGCGAGGAGGGGUAUUUGUCUGCUUAUGGAAAGGCUGCAAAGUCUAUAACACCCCGUCAACAAGUCAGAGCUGGUUGCAGCGGCAUAUGCUGACGCACAGUGGUGAUAAACCAUUUAAGUGUGUCGUUGGAGGGUGCAAUGCGAGCUUUGCAUCUCAGAGUGGGCUGGCUCGUCACGUGCCAACACACUUCAGCCAGCAGAAUUCUUCAAAGGUUACCAACCAGCCAAAGGCUAAAGAAGAAUCUCCUUCUAAAGCUGGAAUGAACAAAAGAAGGAAGUUAAAGAACAAGCGGAGGCGCUCUUUACCAAGACCACAUGACUUCUUUGAUGCGCAGACUCUGGACGCCAUACGACAUCGAGCUAUCUGCUUCAACCUUUCUGCACACAUAGAAAGUUUAGGAAAAGGCCACAGUGUCGUAUUUCACAGUACUGUAAUAGCUAAGAGAAAAGAGGAGUCUGGAAAGAUAAAGCUGCUACUUCACUGGACACCAGAGGAUAUUCUUCCUGAUGUGUGGGUAAAUGAAAGUGAGCGACAUCAAUUAAAAACUAAAGUAGUUCAUUUAUCAAAACUACCAAAAGAUGCUGCCUUGCUUCUGGACCCAAACAUAUACAGAACAAUGCCACAGAAGAGGUUGAAGAGGUAAAAACGAGCUCGGCGGGGGCACCUCAUCUAUCAUCAUAUUCACUGACGGUGGAAUUAGAAUUGAAAAUGCACAUUAGUCAAGCCCCUCCACCUUACGCUCUUCCCCUGCGCCCGGCUGCCACCAACUAUUUACGCUUGGCAAACCAUUCUGUGAAUGAAUUUGGUGCAUCUAUGGAAUAUAUUAUAUACAUGGAACAGAUCAUAUAAGCCUUCAUGGAAUGGUACGAUGGGAGAUAAGGAAAGCGAAAUAUACCGGCAGUAUAGUGGGUGUUCUCAAAGGCUUUGCAUGCUUGCAGCUUUUAUUUUAGCAAACCCCCCCCCCCACCCGGCGUAGCCUGUAUCGGAUGAACAUUGCUCUGUACAACCCUCCCUGUGGUUGUUGUUGGGUUUUUUUUUUGUAAGCAAGCUUCUUGGGAUCUUGUCAUUUGGUUAAAUAAAUACACACUAGAGAGGGAACUCUUCUCUCAAGAGUAUGGUGCGGAGUAAUCCAUUGUCACUUUCGUGAACUUGUGGUCGCAUAACAAGUGGUGGUAUCAUGUUUAAGCAAAAUGGUGGUGGCAUAUUUUAAUUUCUGGUGGAAUAUACGUUCAAGAGGAGCAGGUCAGUGUUAAGUGUUGCUGUGUAUCUGAUCCUCUACAUAAGGACUAUUACUGUAUGUUAGUAAGGCUUAACUUUAAUAACCUCUACGGAAGAAGGUAGCAAUGUUGUUUUGUUUACUACUUGGCCUUUAAAAAACUCCUCUUUGCUACUAAAGAAAUCUCCCUUCUCCUUUCCCCUCCUUUUAGCCUAAAUUUUUCUAGUUGUAAAAAAAUUGUAUUUUUUAAAAAAAAGCAUUUAAAAAUACAAUCGUUUAUGCACCAAAGUUGGCUAGGAAAAGAAAAUGGGAUUGCUUCCUGGCUUUACUAAGCAAGAAAUUAUGGACUUCCUUUAACCUACAGGAAUAGAAAAAUAUGUGUUACCAUGUUCGUCUUAUAUGAAGACAAAAGAGAGAGAGAGAGAGAGAAAUAGAUAGAUAAUGGGACAUUGCUUGUAAAAUAAUUUUGCAGAUUUGUAAUAUAUUUUUAUAUUAUGAAAUGUAGAUGUUUUUUCUAGAGGCAUGGAAGUUGAGAUGUAUAUAUUAUGGUAGAAAUAAUAUGGAAGGAUAUUGUAAUUCAUUAGUGCUGCCAGAAGAAUUUGUUUAAAAGCAAGCACCUUUCAUAACAAUAAAAAGAAGUAUCUCGGAUUUCUAAGAGACUAUAUACUACUGUUGUAAAAACAAAAAACACAUUGAACACCCUUCCAGAAAUCUUUGAAGGAUGCACAGUAUCCUUAGGAUUUUUACAGUGCUCAUUGCUGGUAAGGGAUAUGAAAUCAUUCUUUUCCUUGCUUGUUGGAAGGAACAAAUGUAAAAAAAAAAAUUAUAUGGUGGCUAUAUGCAGUCAAACUGCAUGAUUAACCCUCCAUGUUUAGGAGGAUUUUUUUUUUUGCAUUACUACAGUGAAUAUAAAUACCAGCUGUUUUUACACUAAUUUUUUUAUUACUAAAUAGCAAAAAACAAAAUUCUAGACUCUCUGCUUGGAGAACUUACCUUUUCCAAUACCAUAAAUUGGGGUCUGUCUUAAUGAAGAUGAGAUGCUUGCUUGGGUCCCAGUGAGUUUAGAGUGGUCUAUAUAUAUAUAUAUUCGAUGUGUGGAUUAUAAGCACCACUAACAUGGAAUGGUUCUGGAAUAGUCGUUUAAUAAUGGUAUUUCAUAAAGAUCUGUAGCAAUGUUACUAUUUAAAAAACAACAAUGCAGUUCGUUAUUUUUAUUUCUUAUUUUUUAAUUUUGCUUGAGCACUUCAGUUACUGCUUAAACUUAUAUGGUCAUCUGCAAUUAUUUUGAUUCUUUAAAAAAAAAAGUUAUAAAAUUGCCAAAUAGGUGUUUUCAGAUAUAGUUUGUAUUUGUAUUUUUAAAUUUUAUUUCUUUUUGCAUUCAUUGUAUACCAUUCUUAAUUGACAGAUGAUUGUAGACCCUGCCUGAGUAUUUUUUCUAAUAAAACAGCGCAAAUAUAA